UGAGAUACACACACACACUCUCUCUCUCUCUCUCUCUCAUCAAGUCUGGGCUCUGUUCGUCCCUUAUCGGCUCACGUGUUCUCACUUUCUCGCUCUAUCGACAGCAAAGAAAGAGAGUGAGAAUUCUAGAGAGAGAGAGAAGAGAGUGAAAGAGGAAAGUCCCCAAAACGAAGAUCAGAGCAAACGGACGGCCGUCGUUCUUCUUCUUCUCCAAUCGAUUAUUCGAAAGCCUAAUCUGCGCAGUGCAUACACCGAGCUUUGAUCUGGUCUCUGUAAUCCCCAGACAUCUCCAAUCUUCAAACUCUGUUCGCCUUGUGAUGCCCUAGGUUUUGGUGGUGUUCGGUGCUGUGUUGUUGUUGAAUCGGUGAAUUGUUUUUGGUGUGUGUGUGUGUGUGUGUGGGCUUGUGCUCCAUGCGAUUGAGUGGUGGUUUUUCAUGCCGCCGGAGCCAUUGCCUUGGGAUCGGAAGGACUUCUUCAAGGAGAGGAAGCACGAGAGGUUUUCGGAUUCCGUAGGGUCCGUGUCUAGAUGGAGAGAUACUACUCCGCACUCCUCCCGCGAUUUUGCUCGCUGGGGACCGCCCGACGUACGCACCAGACCUCCAGGUCAAGGCAAGCAGGGUGGUUGGCACAUCUAUUCGGAAGAAUCUGGACAUGGGUUCACGCCGUCUCGGUCCAAUGAGAAGAUUUUGGAUGAUGAGAGUUGUCGGCCGUAUGGGGGGUCUCGUGCCGAUGGGAAGUACAUCAGGAAUAGCAGCAGGGAAUAUAGAGGGGGUUCGACUAGCCAGAAGGAUUGGAAAGGUCACUCUUGGGAAAAUGGCUCAUCUCCGAACGGUCAUGGUCCUGCGAGGCCGGUUGAUGUGAAUGAUCAGAGGUCAGUUCAUGAUAAUAAGCUAACGCAUAACACUCAUCUUCAUUCUGACUUUGUAAACACAUGGGAUCAACUUCACUCAAAAGAGCAGCAUGAUAAGACUGGUAGUGUUAAUGGCUUGGGCACAGGCCAGAAACUCGAGAGGGAAAAUUCGCUGCGAUCAAUUGAUUGGAAGCCUCUGAAAUGGACUCGAUCGGGGAGCUUGUCAUCGCGGGGUUCUGGCUUCAGCCAUUCAGGCAGCUCAAAGAGCAUGGGAGUGGAUUCCAUUGAAGUGAAGGGUGAAGUACAGAUCAGAAAUGUGACUCCAUUACAGUCCCCUUCAGGGGAUGCCGCUGCCUGUGAAACAUCAGCUGCUCUAUCUGAAGAUGCAAGUUCCAGGAAGAAGCCACGUCUUAAAUGGGGUGAGGGGCUGGCUAAGUACGAGAAGAAGAAAGUUGACCCUGAUGAUUGUGCGACCAAGCAUGGAAUGGAUGUUUUUGGGAGCUUAGAACCGGUGCAAUCUCAUGCCUCAAAUUUGGCUGAUAAAAGCCCUAGAGCUGCAAGAUUCUCAGACUGUGCUUCCCCUGCUACUCCCUCAUCUGUUGCUUGCAGUUCCUCACCAGGUGUGGAGGACAAACCAUUUGUAAAGGCAGCAAAUAUUGAUAAUGAUACUUGUAAUUUAAGUGGUUCACCAAGUCUCCACUCUCAGAAUCAUCUUGAGGAGGGGAGGGAUUUUAAUUUAGAGACCUUGGAGCUCACUCCAAUUGCUAAUUUAAGCACUUCACUUAGUGAAUUGCUUCAAUCUGAUGAUCCAGGUUCUGUUGAUUCUAGCUUUUUGAGGUCCACUGCUAUUAGUAAGUUGCUGGUAUGGAAGGGUGAUGUUUUGAAGGCGUUGGAGAUGACUGAAUCGGAGAUUGAUUCACUUGAAAAUGAAUUGAAGUUGUUGAUAUCUGAGUCUGGAAAUAGUUCUUGUCCAGUGGCAUCCCGUUCUUUGCAUGGGGAAUGUCAAGAAAAACCUUGUGAAGAGCUAGUUGUUGUCUCCAAUUUAAUUCCUCGGCCUUCUCCCUUGCAACUUGUUUCUUCUGGAGACAUGAUUGUGGAGAAGGCAGUUGGUAGCUUGGAAAAAGAACAUGCUGACGUUAGAGAUGAGGAUGUUGAUAGUCCAGGCACUGUAACUUCUAGAUUUGUUGAACUUCAUUCUUCAGCAAAAGGUGCCGCCCUGACUGAUCUGGUGAAGCAUGCCAAGAGGUCUGGUGAUUUGGAUGCAAGUGAAUCCAGAAACAUGGAGGCAAAAUGUUCUGUGCACGAUUCCAGUGAGGAAAUGACAGAAGGUUUAUCCACUUCUGAGGGUGGGGAUGAGCUGAUAGCAAACAAGAGUUGUGUUGCUUCCGUUGAUGUGAAUUUCCAUUGUGACAGGGAAGACACAUUAUAUGAUCUAAUACUGGCUUCCAACAAAGAAUCAGCAAAUAGAGCUUCUGAAGUAUUUAAUAAGCUAUUGCCAUCUGAUGAAUGCCAUAUCGAUAUUUCGAAAACAUGCAGAUCCUCUAUUUGGCCGAAUGAUCCACUGAUCAAGGAAAAGUUUGCAAUGAGGAAGCGUUUUUCAAGAUUUAAGGAGAGAGUUAUUACUCUCAAGUUCAGGGCGUUUCAGCACAUUUGGAAGGAAGAUAUGCGAUUGAUUUCUAUAAGAAAAAAUCAUGCAAAAUCUCAGAAAAGGUCAGAACUAAGCUUGCGUACACCACAUGGAAGCUAUCAGAAGCACCGGUCCUCCAUUCGUUCUCGUUUUUCUUCUCCUGCUGGGAUUUCAACCCCAACCCUGGCCCCUACAAAAGAGAGCAUUAAUUUUACGAGGAAGCUGCUUUCAGAUUCGCAGUUCAAGAUUUACCGGAAUUCUCUUAAAAUGCCAGCGUUGAUCUUGGACAAGGAGAGUAUCUGUUCUAGGUUUAUUUCAAGUAAUGGAUUAAUUGAAGAUCCCUGUGCAAUUGAAAAGGAAAGAGCUAUGAUCAACCCCUGGACAACAGAAGAGAAGGAAACUUUCUUGGAUAAGCUUGCCACUUCAGGGAAGGACUUCAGAACGAUUGCUUCUUUUCUUGAUCACAAGACAACUGCAGAUUGUGUUGAGUUCUACUACAAAAACCAUAAGUCAGAUUGUUUUGCGAAAACAAAGAAGAAGCCAGAGUUUGCUAAGCUAGGAAAGUCCUGUUCCACUAGUAACUACCUGGUAACGUCAGGAAAGCGAUGGAAUCGCAUGGCAAAUGCGGCAUCCCUUGAUAUGUUGGGUGUGGCUUCAGCAAUUGCUGCUAAUGCUGAUAAUGGUAUGCAAAAUCAACAAAAAGCUACAGCAAGGUUCUUAAUGGGGGUGACUGGUGAUUAUAGAGCAUCCCAAGGUGAUGAAGGCAUCAUGGAGAGGUCAGGUGGUCUUGAAAUUUUUGGUAAUGAAAGGGAAACUGUGGCUGCUGAUGUCUUGGCAGGUAUUGGUGCUUCGCUAUCAUCGGAAGCAAUGAGUUCUUGCAUCACUAGUUCUUUUGACCCUGGAGAGAGCUGCCAGAACUGGAAGUGCCAGAAGGUGGGUUCUUUGUCAAAACGACCUUUGACACCUGAGGUUACUCAGAAUGUUGAUGAUGAGUCCUGUUCGGAUGAGAGUUGUGGGGAGAUGGAUCCUACUGACUGGACGGAUGAGGAGAAGUCUAUUUUUAUGCAGGCCGUGUCAUCUUAUGGUAAAGAUUUCAUGAAGAUUUCAAGGUGUGUAAGAACAAGGUCCAGAGAUCAAUGCAAGGUCUUCUUUAGCAAGGCCCGGAAGUGCCUUGGACUUGAUAUGAUUCAUCACGUGCCUGGUGAUGAGGGGAUGCCGAUAAGUGAUGAUGCUACUGGCGGUGGGAGUGACAAUGAAGAUGCUUGUGUUACUGGUUCGGUUGUAUGCAGUGAGAAAUCAGUGUCUAAAAUGGACGAGGACUUGAUACUCUCUGAUUUGAACAUAAACCAUUGUGAACCUGAUCCUGCAGAGACCAUGGACUUGCAGAAUGACCCGAAUAGGUCAGAGGAGAACAAUGAGACAGGACAAUUUGAUUGUAAAGACCCCGAACUUCAAGUAGAGCAUUUGGUUACUGAUGACUUGUUGGCAGACAGUAAACCAGAAGUAGAUUUUGAUGGCGACAGUAAGAUGGAAGAUGAUGUUGAUGGCAUGCCUGUGAUAGUGCAGACCCAUGAAAAUGCUAUUUUGCCUCCUGAUACCGAAGUUGAAGGAGAUGAAGCUGCUGGAGAUGGUGCUUGUUUGGGAGAACCAGUAUCUGCCAAAGAGGCUAAUGAUCAUGGCCUGCCUGUAUCAGGUGCUGAAGGUGAGACUAUAGCUGUAAGUCAGAGUUCUACUGUGUGUUUUACAACAGAAGUGGAGGUGCAACAAAUGGUGUCAGAGAACAAGCAAGAUGAAAACAAGGAUGCAAAUGCAAGUGGCCCAAGUAACAUAAAUUGCUCUAACGAAGUCUUACAUACAGAUGGAACCUCUUCUGAUCAUGUGCCAGAUGCAAAUGCUCCUCUGGAAAUUGGUGUUGGCCCCAAAGAGGAGCAGAAGAUUGCCCUGGAGUUGAGUGCUCCACAAGUGCCUUCUGUCAUCUCACUGGAGCAGGAUGUUUCUCUUGUAAAUGCAAAUUCAACCGAAGGUCCUGCUGCUAGUCAGUAUGAGAAGACUCUCAAACAGGAUACACCAUUGACAUUAGCUUUAGAAACAAUCAGAGAUCAGCAGUGUCAAAAAUCAACCAGUGCGGAUGAUUAUAACCAGCAUCAGUCCAUCAAUUCUGUGUUGGGGUGUGCCGAAUCCGGUCAAAUUCUCAGGGGAUAUCCAUUAGCAGUGUCAGCCAAGAAAGAGAUGAAUGGGGAUAUCACUUCCAGGAAACUGGCUUCACUUCAAUGUCUCUCAAAGGCUGAAGGGAAUUUUCAUUCUGAUUUGUAUUUUCUUCAAAAAUGUAAAAGUUCAAAAGCUCGGAGCUCAGUGGCUGAGCUUCCAUUCCUGUCCCAAGACCAGAAAAGCAAUCAUUCUAGGCCUCAUUCAUUGAGUUCAUCAGAUACAGAAAAACCAUGCAGAAAUGGUGAUGUGAAACUGUUUGGUCAGAUUUUGACUCACCCGUCAUCUCAGCAGAAACAGAAUACUACUAGUGAUAUCCAGGAGAAUGAAGAUAAGGGGGUUCAACAUCCUAAGUUCAGCAGCAAGAAUUCCAACCUUAAAUUCACUGGAACUCACAGUCUAGAUGCAAAUUCAACUUCAUCAAAGUUUGACCGGAAUAAUUAUCUGGAUCUUGAGAAUGUUCCUGUGAGGAGUUACGGUUUUUGGGAUGGAAAUAGAAUACAGACUGGAUUUUCUACAUUUCCCGACUCUGCCAUCCUUCUGGCAAAAUAUCCUGCUGCAUUUGGUAGAUACUCUACGUUGUCCAAUGCAGAGCAGCAGCCAUUGCAUUCAGUUGUAAAGAGUAGUAAUGAGUGUAAUUUAAAUGGUGUAUCGGUUUUCUCUAGUAGGGAUAUGAGUAGCAGCAAUGGAGUGGCAGAAUAUCAGUUGUACAGGAAUCGAGAGGGUACUACUAGGGUGCAGCCAUUUGCAGUUGAUAUGAAGCAGCAGCGGCCAGACAUGUUAUUCUCUGAGAUGCAAAGACGGAAUGGGAUCGAGGCUGUCUCAAGUAUACAACAACAGGCUAGGGGGAUGGUUGGUAUCAAUGUUGUGGGGAGAGGAGGGAUUCUUGUUGGGGGAGCGCGCAAUGGCAUUUCAGACCCUGUGGCCGCUAUCAAAAUGCAUUAUGCAAAAACUGAACAAUACAAUGGGCAGACAGCGAGCAUUAUCAGAGAGGAGGAAUCAUGGAGAGGUAAGGGGGAUAUAGGCAGGUAGUGUGUGUAGAGAGGGCCCUCUUGAAGAAGGCCCUCGAUGGCAAAUUCGCUCUUUGCCAUCUUGUAUAAUAGUUUUGUAACUUCAAUGCAACAAUUGAUAGGGCAAUGAAUGGUUCCAAAUCCGUUUUUUUUGGUUUAAAAAAAUUUCUAGAUGCUUUGUAAUAUUGCAGCAGCUUUGUAUUUGUUGUAUUUGAUGGAAAUAGACAAAAUAAUCUUGAAAGUUUGCGACGUGGUGGGCUAAAUUAAGAUUCUGAUGCAUUUAUCUGGUUUACAAUC